AUGCUCCGCAAUCCCUACCUCAUCUUUCUCAGUGCCACAUUGUUCGAUCUCAUCUUAGCCAUCGCGCUCGUCUCCCUCUUCGCAACCGCAUACCCCGAUCGCUUCCGCACCGUACUAUGGAAAGAAGGUGGCACCAAAGGCUGGAACUCUGAUCCUAUUCAACGUGUGUACGACUAUGCGAACUAUCCUGUACGUUAUGCAACCUAUGCAUCGCCAUCAUAA